AUUGCAUACAUUUUUUCUAAUAAUAAAUACAGUCAAAAUAAAUUCAGGACUUUGUUUUGAUAGAAAGAACUUACAAGUUAGAAAUAAAAAUAUUAUAUUAUGAAGGAAGACGAUUCUGCGUUAUCUUAAAAAAGGAUAGAUGAAUUAAUUAAGGAUCAAAAAUAUGCUGCACUUAUGUAGUUGAUUUCUAGAAAAGAUUCAAGUAGGUAAACUAAUGUACUUUUAAUUUUAGACUAAAACAAUAUAACUCUAUAAAAAUAAAGAAUUAAAUCUUCCGAUUGAAUUAAGAUGUAGCUGUUUGUGCUAAUAAUAAUGAUGUAUAUUCUGGAAAGUUAAUAAAAAUUUAUUGUAUAAAAGAUAAGAAUAAUUAGCAUGUGCCUGUUAUUCAAGUUUAAUGGUAUAUAGAAAUUAAUAUUAUUUGUAGGUAUUACACAAAGUAAGAUCUAAAUUUAGAUAAAAACCUUAUGAAAUGUAUUUCAAUAAAAGAAUUAUUCUUUUCUACUCAUGUGGAAUAUUUGGCAGCAAAUAAAUUAUAAUGUCCUAUAGAAGUUAUGACAUUUGAUUAAUACACAUAAUUAGAAUAUGAAGAAGAAACUAAAUUCUUUAGUAGAGCAGCAAUAAAUCUUAAAACAAUGGAACCUAUGCCUACAGUUGGUGAAUGGACGAAAUCAUGUGUUUGUAGAAUGCCUUAAAAUCCAGAUAUAUAAAUGAUUCAAUGUGAAACAUGUGGAGAAUGGUUUCAUUUAGAUUGUGUUAAUAUUAAACCAGAAGAAGCAGAAUAAAUUGAACAUUAUAAAUGUCCAGGAUGUUAAUGA